GAGAGAGAGAGAGAGAGAGAGAGAGACAGAGCCAUAUAGAGAGAUGGAAGUUGUUCAAGUGCUUCACAUGAAUGGAGGAAUGGGAGACACAAGUUACGCAAACAACUCCCUAGUUCAGCAAAAAGUAAUAUCUAUGACCAAGCCCAUCACAGAGGAAGCUAUAAGCAAGCUCUACUCCAGCAUCACGCCAAGAAGCCUAGCCAUCGCAGACUUGGGUUGUUCUUCUGGACCAAACACUUUUUUCGUGGCUUCUGAACUUAUCGAGGUGGUGGACAAGCUUCGCCGAAACCUAGGCCAUCAAUCACCUGAAUAUCAAGUCUUCUUGAACGACCUUCCAGGGAACGACUUCAAUACAAUUUUCAAGUCCUUGCCAAGCUUCCUGAACAAACUGAGCAAGAAACUGGGGACUGGCUCUGGUCUAUGUUUCAUCUCUGGAGUUCCUGGUUCUUUCUACGGCAGGCUUUUUCCGAUCAAGAGUCUCCAUUUUGUCCAUUCUUCUUAUGGCCUCCAAUGGUUAUCUAAGGUUCCUGAACGGUUGGAGAGUAACAAAGGGAACAUUUACAUGGCAUCCACAAGCCCGCCAGGCGUACUUCGGGCAUACUACGAGCAAUUUCAAAGCGAUUUUUCAAUGUUUUUGAAGUGUCGUGCGGAGGAGUUGGUGGCGGGAGGGCGAAUGGUUUUAACAUUUCUGGGGAGAAGCAGCGAUGAUCCCUCUAGCAAAGAGUGUUGUUACAUUUGGGAGCUUUUGGCCUUGGCCCUCAAUGACAUGGUCUCCGAGGGCCUGAUAGAAGAAGGAAAAAUGGAUUCCUUCAACAUUCCUCAAUACACGCCAUCCCCAUCAGAAGUGAAAUCCGAAGUUGUGAAAGAAGGGUCUUUCUCCAUUGAUCGUCUGGAGGUUUCUGAGGUCAACUGGAACGCUUGUGACAGAGGAUUCAGCUCGCCCGAUGCGUUUCGUGACGGUGGAUACAAUGUUGCGCAGUGCAUGAGAGCUGUGGCUGAACCCUUGCUUGUUAGUCAUUUUGGAGAUGCAAUCAUUGAGGAGGUUUUCCGCAGGUACAAGGAAAUUCUCUCUGAUCGCCUUGCCAAAGAGAAGACUCGAUUUGUCAAUGUGACCGUUUCCAUGGCAAAAAGAAAGGGAUGAUCAUGGUGAUGAUCAAGAUAUCAAGUCCGGCCCCUAAUUAUGAAUAAAUAUUCUUCACUAUAUAUCUCUCAUUUAUCAUGAAGUUAUAAUAUAUAAUGUUAGUAUAGUAGAACCUGGUAUGGUUGUCUAAUAAUAGUGUGGUACGUAGUAGUUCAAGCUGUACGUUGUUGUUGUUGUUAUUUUUUUUUUUUUUCCUAGUUUAUUUUGGAGUUGUAAUGAAUUAUCCUUUAGUGCAUUUUUAAUGUACUAAAAUUGUGUGUAUGAAAAUUUGCGUACUUGGAUUA